UGUUCAGUAGUCAUUUGCAGUAAAUAAGUAACACAUCAUUUUGGUGCUAGUGAAGAUUUGUAUGCUUAGUGCUUAUGUUACUUGAAUGUGGCAAUUUUAAAUUUGCAUUGGAAUUAGAGACUUCCAUUUACAGAUCAACGGUUUUUAUUAGAAAAUUGCAUUUUUGAUAUGGCAAUGAAAACAUCACACAUAAUUGAAGCUAUAAAGAACCGCAAUGUAAAAGAGGUAAAGGCCUUACUGGACAGUGGAGAUCGAGAAAUCAAUGUGGCUGAUGAAUUAUUGCGGACUCCUCUUCACUGGGCAGUGGGUGGAAAGUUUGAGGAAUGUGUAACUCGGUUGGAAAGAUUAAAAAACAUAGACGUGCAUGAUGUGAGUAGGCAUACAACACCCUUCUCCUUACGGGACUCCUACAUGGGAAGUGAAAGCAUGAUCAAUAUUCUUAAUAUUCUUCUAGACCACGGGGCCGAGAUCGACUGUAAAGAUAAGGAUGGGAUGUCGCCUCUUCAUGUGGCAUUGAUCUUAAAUCUGACAGAUGGUGUUGAGGUUCUGAUCAACAGAGGGGCUGACCUCAACAUCCAAAACAAGGCAGGAGACACACCCCUACACUGUGCUGCUAAAAAUUUUUACCUGGAUACAGUAAAUAUGCUAUUAAAGAAUGGAGCCAACUUGAUGCUUAGGAACAACAAUGGUGAAACGGUUUUGCACGUAGCUGUCAGGACACGUGAUAGGUCAAUUGUAAGAUCAUUGUUACUGCACGGUGCUGAUGUGGAUGCUCAGGACAAUAGUGGCAAGACACCUUUACAUGUGAUUCUCCAGAAAGACAUCAGUAAUGAGAGCGAUGUUGUGGAGGAUUUACUUGACUGGGGGGCAUCGCCGAUUAUCAAAGAUGAAGAUAGAAAAACGCCUAUGGACCUUAAUACACCUCCUAGCUAUGGUUGGAUGAAACACUUUAUUAAAUUACAGUGUGUUGAUUUACAAUUCCCUUAUAACAAAAUUGAAGUGCCGUACGGGUUACAAAUUUUAUUAAGUGGUUACAAACAAUUGUGCACCGAAGAAUUGGCAAAGUUGAAAACAGCCGCAUUUGGUAACCAAUUUGUACUUGAUGUGUUUACAAAAUAUAAUGACCCUACAUUUUUAUCAAACAGUACAAUGCGUAAAGCUAUAUACUCAAUUUGUUUUGAAAGAAAGUUCCCGUUGUACACUAUGGUUUUAAGAGCAAUGUUCAGACACGCUGAGAAACGCGUUCCUUUGUUGAAUAUUGCUCAAGGUGUUUUAAUCGACCUGAUCGAUGCACACGUGCCUAAUGAGAUUUCAAGAAAAAUUAUCUCCCAUUUAUCUAAUGAAGACAUCAACAACAUGAUAGGUGUUGGGAUUGCAAUUAAUUGCAUUAUGGCAAGACCAACUGAUGAUUUUCAUAAAAAAUGGAAGAUGAUUUGGAAUCGUUUCAGUGCCCUGACUUACUUUCGAACACAGUGGCACCUGAUGUUUUCAGACGUAACAUAUUUCAAUAAACCUGAACACUGUUGUCUUCUUCAUAGUACUGUGGAGAAAUUUUCUGUCAAAGAGCUAGAAUCUCUGCUGGAGAAAGUAGAAGAUAUAAAUGCAGUAUCAAAGUACAGACGAACACUACUUCACUGUGUGAUUAACAGGGGAUUUGAGCAAGGGGUGGUUCUGUUACUGGAGAGAGGCGCUGACGUGAACAUUCCUGACGGUUUACUUCGCACUCCUUUAUACGUUAGUUGUUGGAGCAAAAAUGAGAACAUUCUCAAAUUACUUUUGGAUGCAGGGAGUGAUAUCCAAUUUAAAGAGUGUAGGGGAAAAACUGCCCUUCACAUAGCUGUUGUAUUCGAAUUCAUAACAGGUGUAAACAUGUUGAUAGAAAGGGGAGCCGAUUUAGAUGCCCAGGACAGGGAAGGGAACACUCCCCUGAUGUUUGCCGUAUACAUGAAUAGCCAGCCUUUAAUCGAAACACUUGUAUCUAAAGGUGCCUCUUUAAAAAUAACAGACAAAAAAGGCUAUACAGCCUUGCACUUGGCUGCUAAGUGUACCAACAGAAUUAUUGUGGAAUUUCUCUUGGAUAACGGAGCAGAAAUCAACUGUCAAGAUUACGUGGGAUUUACCCCUCUACAUCUGGCACUGAUGAACAGAAAUAUUGCCAGGAUACUGUUGCAGAGGGGGGGCGGAGUGGACAUACAGGACUACACGGGAUGCACGCCUCUCCACGCGGUCUUGAUAGACAUGAUGGAUUAUGGGAAUUAUAUUGUGGAGGAAUUGCUGGACUGGGGGAGUUCCAUGCACACCAGGGACAUCAACGGUGAGACUCCUCUGGAAACAGCCAACAAACAGAUGAUCCCAUUGCAUGGGAUUAAAAGACACGUAAUUAAAUUACAAUACACUGAUUUACCUUUGGAGUUUGACUAUUCCAUUGAUCUCGAUGACUUCAAAUCGUACCAGGUAUCCUGUUCAAAGGAAAUGGCCAAAUUAAAGAUUAACAGAUUUGGAUGGAACUCUUUGUUUGAUGUAUUCUCAAAACAAGUGGACCCCACAUUUGUGUUGAACGAUUGCCUGCAGCAAGCGAUCAGAUCGCCACUUUUGGAAACGGAAUUUCCAAUAUACUGUUCACUUCUGAGGUCAAAGUAUGAACAUGCUGUGAGACGAUUUGCAUUGCUGGACACACUUCAGAACAACUUAGAUAUCCCAUUACCGAACGAAAUUAUUAGGAAGAUUCUCUCUUAUUUAGAUAACAGACAUCUUGAAUGUAUCGCCAAGGGAAAGAAAACAAAUGCGAAGAUGGAUGAAGGUUAAAAGCACUUGAGGAAACAUCAGAAGCAACACCAAUAUUUUGUGGUCGUUAUAGAAAAAUUUGUAUGAAGACAUUUUAAAUUUUCUAACAAUUAACAGUUCGGCAUAGUGAGGAAAUGGUUGGCACCAGAAAUCAAUUGUAAUAAGGCUUUAGGUACAGUUUUGUUGUUAACUCACUAUUAUUAUUAUUAUUAUUAUUAUUAUUAUUUCAAUUAUGUCUGUGUAUAUUGUAAAUACAUUUUAUGUGCACAACAAAUUUUUAUCUUUUGUAAGAUUAUUUUAUUUCUUUCUACUGUAGAACAACUAAGUAUAAUUGUCCUUACUAAAAUAACAUUUAAUCAGUUCAAACAAUAUUUUGAUGUUAUUUGAAAAUAUUAAUUACUUUCUAGGUUAUUAAAAUCAUUAAAUACGUUUUUCACA